AGCGCCGGCAGUAGGCGGCGGUCGUGCGAGUGAGCGGGCAGAAGAGAGCUGCGCGCGCGGGGAGGAUGGAACGUUACUAGAAUUCUCGGUUCAGGCUGCCGCGGCCGGGGCCGCUUGCUGGGGGCUGCCACGCGAGUUUAGCGGGAAUUGGGAAGACGGGCCGCUCUGCCACUAAUGAACGAGUUUAAAACUCUCGAACCAGAGGACGCCAUGCACCGGGAUGUGUUUUGAAAAGAAAUGGGGGUCUUGUGCCCUUCUACAGGAAGCAUCUCCAAGAGAUUCCGGAUCAGAGUAGCAAUGUUACCACCAGCUUCACGUGGGGAUGGGAUUCCAGCAAAACUUCUGAACUGCUGUCAGGCAUGGGUGUCUCCACCCUGGAAAAGGAAGAUGUGGACAGUGAGAACAUCCCCCAGGAACUACUCCCAAUCCUGGGCCGCUCCCAGAGCCCACAAAGGAAAAGGCACAGGAGCAAAGGGAAUGACAAAGACUUUGUGAUCAUGCGCCGGCCUAAACUGAAUCGAGAGACCUGUCCAGGUGUUUCCUGGGACUGCCUUCCUGAUGAGCUGCUUCUGGGGAUCUUUAACUGUUUGUGCCUCCCUGAGCUGCUGAGAGUCUCUGGGGUUUGUAAGAGAUGGUAUUGCCUCGCGUUUGAUGAGUCUCUCUGGCAGUCCUUAGACCUCACAGGUAGAAAUCUACACCCGGAUGUCACUGCUCGGUUGCUGUCUCGAGGGGUGAUUGCUUUUCGUUGUCAGCGAUCAUUUAUGGAGCAACCACUGGUUGAACAUUUCAGCUCUCUUCGUGUACAGCACAUGGAUCUGUCGAACUCAGUUAUAAAUGUGUCAGCCCUUCAUGGUAUUCUCUCUGAGUGCUUCAAGUUGCAGAAUUUAAGUCUGGAAGGCCUGCAGCUUUCGGAUCCUAUUGUCAAUCAACUUGCACAGAACUCAAACUUAGUGCGGCUCAACCUCUGUGGGUGUUGGGGAUUUUCUGAAUCUGCCCUGAAGACUUUGCUAAGCAGCUGUUCCAGACUGGAUGAGCUGAACCUCUCCUGGUGCUUUGAGUUCACUGAGAAGCAUGUGCAGGCAGCUGUGGCCCAUGUGUCCAAGACAGUUACCCAGCUGAAUCUUAGUGGCUACCGAAAGAACCUCCAGAAAUCAGAUCUUUGUACCUUAAUUAGAAGAUGCCCCAACCUUGUCCACCUAGACUUAAGUGAUAGUAUCAUGCUAAAGACUGACUGCUUUCCAGAAUUUUUCCAUCUCGGCUACCUCCAACACCUCUCUCUCAGUCGGUGCUAUGAUAUCAUACCUGAAACUCUACUUGAACUUGGAGAAAUUCCCACACUAAAAACACUACAAGUUUUUGGAAUUGUGCCAGAUGAUACCCUUCAGCUGUUACGGGAAGCCCUUCCUCACCUGCAGAUUAAUUGUGCCUAUUUCACCACCAUCGCCAGGCCAACUAUUGCCAGCCAAAAGAACCAGGAGAUAUGGGGCAUCAAGUGCAGACUGGCCCUGACAAAGCCCAAUUGUCUGUGAAGUGCUUAUUGCAGGGUAGUACCUCAUAUUCCUUUGGAAUGGGGAACAUACGCAGGAAGCCAAUUCCUGGAGCAUUCAGCUGGUUUUGUUACUGUUUUCCCUUAGCCUUCUUCCUUAAGGGUCUAAGGGAUCAUUUAAAAGGGACAACUAAAGUUUUACUUUUAAGUUUCCAUCAGUGCUAUCCCCUUAAGAGCCUAAGUUAUAGGGCUUUAGAAGUUUUAGUAGAGCAGGCCUUUGAUUUCAAAAUAACCUUUUUAAAGAGUGAAAUUUGACCUGACUUGUCAAGUACCCUUGUGGUUAAGUCUAUUUAAGAUGAAGCUUAAGAUUUUCCACCAGCUAAUAGUUUUCAGUCUUAGUAGUAACUCUUACCUAUUUUUCUGUAUUGCAUAGCAAAACAUGGCAAGGAAGAAUAAUAAGCUAUGUAUUUUAUGAACUGAAGAGAAAAAAAGAAUCAUAGGAUAGUAUUUGAGGCAAAUCUUUCCUAGGGAUUUCACUUGAAAGCCCUAGAAAGAACCCCCUGUAAUUUAAAUUUCUAAAUUAAAAACAAAUAAAUGACCAGAAGUAUAGAAUUGGCAGAGGAAUUGGAAGGCUCAAGAGGUAGUUUUUUAAGCCAGGUCAUCUGGUAUUAUCUCUUUGUGUUUAUGGUGCUAUGUUUCUUGAAUUUCAGUUAGAUAAGAAAAGAUUGUGGUUUUCUAAUUUUAUUAUCAAAUUAUUUUAACAUGGGUUAAUUCUUAAGAUGACUUGCUUUAUUUUAGAAAGGUGAUAUUAUUCUAAUCAGUAUCUAGUCUUCAAGUUGGACAGAAGAUCUGAAUUGAUAUUGUCUGCUACUUUUAAUGCUGAAGUUGUUUUUGUAUUAUUCUAGAAGCAAGUAUUUUAAAUUUGUUUUUUAAUGGUCUUUCACGAUAAUUGUUUGAAACUACUCAUCAGGUUACUGGACCUAAAAUUUCUAAGAACUUCUUGUUCUUUACAUCAGGAAUGCAGUAGAGGCGGGUACAUAUUAUGCCCAGUUUCUGAGCAUUCAGCACUAUCUGCACCCAUGUAAGAUUUUUAAGACUCAGGUGUUGAACCAUUUGGUAGCAUGUUUUGUUUUGAAACCUGGUCCACAGUAGCAAAAAGAUCAAAUUAUGCUUCCUGAAAAGCAUUAUAAAACUAGUUGUAAGCCAUGGAUUUCACAUGUUCUAAUGCUGAAACACAUUUCUAUUAACUUCUUUUGAAUCCAUUUUUAUGCUUCAAACAAUAGUAUGAAGUGCCCUUAUCUGCUCAGAUUAGUUUAAAAGUUUUACACAGUAAAUGAUUAUGCAUCUAUUAGUAAUUAAAAAGUGCUAAAUACUUGAAAUUAUUGUUUACAGAUUAGUGACAAGUCCAGGUGAACUCCUAAUUUGCAGGUGUCCUGGAAUACACACAGUACCUGUACUUCUAAACUCAAGUCCAGUCAUAAGCUAUUUGCAAACACAUCGGAGUAAUCUGUAUUUUUGUAUGGUUAUUUCUACUUUUAUAGAUGUUUUAAUAAAAUAAAACACAUUUUUAUAAAAAUAA